AUGGAGCCGGGGGAGUGCGUGCUGUUCGAUAACUUGCGCGUGCUGCACGGCCGCAACGCCUUUGACGCUGGCGGCGGAGGGGCGAGGUGGCUCAGGGGCGCGUACAUUGCCGCUGAGGAUUUUCUGUCGAGGGCUGCUCACAUACCCAAGGGAUUGGCGGAAAAGUAUCGUGGGGAGAGGCCGUGGGCGCCGGCGCUGGCGCAGAAGGCGUUGAGGGAGACGGCGUGGCAUGAGGAUGUUGUGAGGAGGAUCAAGGAGAUUGAUCCGGCGUUGGAGGACUGA